AUGUUUCCACACAGUGUUCCCCAUAUAUACGACAUCACCAGAGAUUUCAGACUUGAUAUUCCCCAACAGUGUCCCCCUAUAUACCAUAUCAUCAGUGAUUUCAGACCUGAUGGUCCCUCACAGUGUCCCCCUAUAUACGACAUCAUCAGUGAUUUCAGACCUGAUGGUCCCCCACAGUGUCCCCCUAUAUACCAUAUCAUCAGUGAUUUCAGACCUGAUGUUUCCCCACAGUGUCCCCCUAUAUACAACAAUACAAGUGAUUUCAGACCUGAUGUUUCCCCACAGUGUCCCCCUAUAUACGACAUCACCAGUGAUUUCAGACCUGGUGUUCCCACACAGUGUCCCCCUAUAUACGACAUCACCUGUGAUUUCAGACCUGAUAUUCCCCCACAGUGUCCCCCUAUAUACAUCACCAGUGAUUUCAGACCUGGUGUUCCCCCACAGUGUCCCCCUAUAUACGACAUCACCUGUGAUUUCAGACCUGAUAUUCCCCCACAGUGUCCCCCUAUAUACGACAUCACCAGUGAUUUCAGACCUGAUAUUCCCCAAAAGUGUCCCCCUAUAUACGACAUCACAAGUGAUUUCAGACCUGAUGUUCCUCACAGUGUCCCCCUAUAUACAACAACGCAAUGUCCCCCUAUAUACGACAUCACCAGUGAUUUCAGACCUGAUGGUCCCCCACAGUGUCCCCCUAUAUACGACAUCACCAGUGAUUUCAGACCUGAUGGUCCCCCACAGUGUCCCCCUAUAUACGACAUCACCAGUGAUUUCAGACCUGAUGUCCCCCACAGUGUCCCCCUCUACACGACAUCACCAUGUCCCCCUAUAUACCAUAUCAUCAAUGAUUUCAGACUUGGUGUUCCCCCACAGUGUCCCCCUAUAUACGACAUCACCAGUGAUUUCAGACCUGAUAUUCCCCAAAAGUUUCCCCCUAUAUACCAUAUCAUCAAUGAUUUCAGACCUGAUAUUCCCCCACAGUGUCCCCCUAUAUACGACAUCACCAGUGAUUUCCGACCUGGUGUUCCCCCACAGAGUCCCCCUAUAUACGACAUCACCUGUGAUUUCAGACCUGAUGUUAACCCACAGUGUCCCCCUAUAUACGACAUCACCAGUGAUUUCAGACCUGAUGGUCCCCCCCAGUGUCCCCCUAUAUACGACAUCACCAGUGAUUUCAGACCUGAUGUCCCCCACAGUGUCCCCCUAUAUACGACAUCACCAGAUAUUUCCGACCUGGUGUUCCCCCACAGUAUCCCCCUGUAUACGACAUCACCAGUGAUUUCAGACCUGAUGUCCCCCACAGUGUCCCCCUAUAUACAUCACCAGUGA